CUUAAAGUUCAACUUAUCAGUGUGUCAUAAAUUUGUCAAAGAGAUUUGUUUACAUUCAUGGAUUCUUCCAUAUUCAACUCUCCAGUCGCUAAAUACCUUCCUCUGUGUGCAUCUGGAAGAUGGCGUCAGAUGUAUUUACCAAAUAUUCAUGUACUUACUGUCAAGAAGAAAUCAAAUCGCUUCGUGUGAAAUGUCUAGAAUGCACUUCUUUCGAACUCUGCUUACAGUGUUUUUCUGCCGGAGCGGAAAUUGGAACUCACAGAAAGGACCAUCCCUACCAGUUUAUUGAUUCUGUGGCUCUUGAUAUCUUCUCGUCAGGAUGGUCUGCUAGAGAGGAGCUCCAGUUGCUGAAUGCCAUUGAACAUUACAGUUAUGGCAAUUGGAAGGACAUAAGUCAACACAUUGGGACCAAAACACCAGAAGAGGCGAGGGAUGAGUAUGUCGGGCGAUUCCUUAGUGGUGAGAUAGGCCGGCUGACAUGGGUGGCUGGACUGCGCAGCAGGAGCAAGCUGACAGAUCUGACAGUAGGGCUGGAGGAUGAUCCUCAGGCAAUGCAGGUCCUGCCUCCACUCGCUCCUGCGAGCAAACAGCCUGUUGCUGAUGUACGGCCUGAGCACGCCCAGCAACUUGACUACAUGCCCCUACGUGAUGAGUUCGAAGUGGAAUAUGACAAUGAAGCAGAGUUCCUUGUAUCUACCCUCACUUUCAGUCCAGAUGAUGAUGAACUAGAUGUUGCCCUGAAGGUGGCACAGGUAGAGAUGUACACCCAGCGGCUCCGGGAGCGAGCCAAGCGGCACAAAGUCGUCAAAGACAAUCAGCUAAUACCGCAGUACUUCAACAGUGGCAAGGACAAGUCCAAGAAGAAGAUGUCUCGAGAGGAAAAGGAGCUGGGGGAGAAGUUGAGGCCUCUGUGGAAGAAACAAGAACAGUCCAUCAUGGUGGGUGUGAUGAAGCAGCGGAGAUUGUCACGGAAGUUGACAGAACUGACCAGGUAUCGCCGCAACGGGCUCUGUCGAAAAGAGGAGAUCCAACACUUUGACCAAGAGAGGCAGAUCAGACAGAUAGUCAAACCAAAAAGUGGAGGUUCUAGUGUUCAAAACUUUCCAGUUUCUCAAAAAAAGAAGGAGAAAUCUGAGAACUCCAAGCCUGGUUCAAGCAGCAGCUCAGUGUCAGAAAGUGGUGAAACCUCUACAGAGUCGAUGGCUAGUGCUCAUCUCCUCUCAAGUACCGAGUCUCAGCUUUGCUCUGCAAUGGAAAUCACCCCCACUCAGUACAUAUCGAUGAAAGCACUCAUGCUUGUGGACCCCCAGUUGAAGGUCGAUGGGGAGUGCGGAUCACACAUUCUGGACCAUCUGGUCAGCAGCGGCUGGGUAGACAGUAUGACCAACUGUUCGUAACACAACAGCAGUGCUGCACAACAUCAUGGUAUCCAUCAACACUAAUGAUGAUCCUCAACUUUGGUUAAAAAUGUUCAGGAGCUGGGGCAUUUAAAUUACUGUAACAUAUGCCUUUAAUGUAUUACAGUGAAACUAUUGGUUUGGUUCAUUUGGAUUGAUUUUGUAAGAAUUACAUAUGUUAUGUUUUUCAGAAUCUCAUGUAUACAGUUGCAAACUUUACAAGGAACUAUUUAAUACAGUAUCUAUAAAGUGCUUACUUUUUAUUAUUUUUAAUUAAAAAUACAUUUUUAUUGUUCAUUUAUGUUAUAAAUUUUAACAAUUUUAGAAAUGAAAUUUAUUUUAUUCACUUCAUUGUUGUACAAAAAUUUACAAUUUUGAUUUAUUUUUCUUAGUGUAUAAUUACAAAGAUUGUUAAUUCAACAGUUAACUCAAGAUAUUUACUUUGCUUACUUUAAAGUACAAACUAUUAAGUAUUAAAUGACAGGAAAUAUAAUUACAUCUUUGUAUUCUAAUUGAAUUAAAAUAUCAAGUAUUAUAAGGUUAUUUUUUCCAAAAAAUAUACAAGAAUAAAAUUGUAAAAU